AUGGGAGAUACAUCUGCAGACACACCUGUAAAUCCGGAAGUAAUUGGAGCUGGAGUUACAGGAACAAGUAGAUCUAGUAUUGGUGUUCAAGCUUGCAAUGAAUUUGGAGUUGAUUUGCUGCACAAUCACCCUUUGUAUCUCGGACCUUCAGAUACAUGUGGAGCACAACUCAUUUCCUUUCAGCUGACAAGUACGACCAAUUACACUCUGUGGAAUCGCUCGAUGAGAAUAGCUUUACGCGGGAGGAAUAAACUAGGGCUUGUAGAAGGAACAUGGAAAAAGAAGAAAUUUCAUGAAAAUCUAUGGGAGCAAUGGGAAAGAUGCAAUGCAAUAGUACUUUCCUGGCUCAUGAAUGCUGUAACUCCGAAAUUAUUUGGAGGAGUAGUAUAUGGAUCUGAUGCACAGGCAGUGUGGGAAGAUCUUCGUGAGAAAUUCAAUAAAGUUGAUGGCUCUCGAUCAUUCAAUCUACAUAUGGAAAUAGCAACACUGUAUCAAGGUACAUCUUCUGUUUCUGAAUAUUACACAAAAUUGAAAGAUCUCUGGGAUGAGUUUGAAGCACUAAUCCCGGCUCCAUGUGAUUGUGAAAGGUCUAGGGAUUAUGUGAAUCAUAUGAAAAUGCAGAAAUUAUAUCAAUUUCUGAUGGGAUUAAAUGAGUCUUAUUUCCAAGCUAGAAACCAAAUUCUUAUGAUGUACCCUUUAUCUUCAGUUAAUAAGGCAUAUUCCAUGAUCAUGAGUGAUGAAAGUCAAAAAUCCAUAGCUGCUACAGCAAUGAAUUUAAGCUUACAAUCUAAUGCUAUACCUGAAAACUAUGAACCAACUGCACUGCUUGCCACAAGACCUAAUGGUUUUCAACCAAGCUUUCAGCCUAAUACCUUUCAGUCCAAUAACUUUCAACAAACUGGAAAUUACCAAAAACCUAGGAGAAACAACAAUGAAUUUUGUGAUUACUGUAAAAGGAAAGGUCAUAGUAGAGAGAACUGUUGGAAACUCAAUGGUUAUCCACAAGGUUCUAAGUUCAAGAAGAAAGGGGGAGCAUCUGUAUACAAUGCAGUAGCAAAUGAGCCAAACCAGAACAACCUUGUGCAGGCUCAGGUCUUCGCACAGAUGCAGGGUCAGCUGAUGCAGACUCAACCACAAACAAUGAUGCAGAGGCAACCUUCAAACACCAGCAGUAGUAACUUUCAACAGCCCAUAGCCUGUUCUUUCACAAAGGAACAAUAUGAGCAAAUACUACAAAUGUUAAACAAAAGUUCAGGACCAUCUACAUCUCCAAAUAUGACCAGUGCAACAGGUAUCAGCAAUGCUUUUCUAGUAGAUACUGCCAAUAAACCUUCUCAGGUAUGGAUAAUUGACACAGGGGCCACUAAUCAUACGGUUUCUGAUCUUAGAGCAUUAUCCAAUAUUGAAGAAGUUAAAUCUAAUAGUCCUAGAAAAGUACACUUACCUAAUGGAGAUGUGGUCUCAGUUACACAUAUUGGUACUUGUCCAAUCUCAGCAAGGAGCAUAAUUAGGAGUGUUCUUUAUGUCCCACAGUUCAAAUACAAUCUCCUCUCAGUGUCAAAGUUAACCAAGGAUCUGCAGUGUUGUAUUGCAUUUUAUUCUGAUUUUUGCCUAUUUCAGGAUCUUUACAAUGGGAAGGUGAAGGAGAUUGGUAAGGAAACAGAAGGGCUAUACAUCCUAAGACUACAGGAAGCUGAGAAUUAUAUUGAGAAGGCCUUGACAGUCAAUAAAUCUGAAAGAGUUGACACAGAACUGAAGGAUAAAGGAGAAGACAACAUCAGCUUAUGGCAUAGAAGAUUAGGACAUGUUCCUCCUAUGAUUCUGAAGAAACUAUUCACAAUAAAACAUGAUAAGUGUGUCAAUGUAGUGAAGAGUUGUCAUAAUGACCUGGCUGUUUCUUUUGAAAUUAAAUCAGAUGUAUGUGUGGUGCUGAAAUACUUUUUGCUCUAUGUGAAGAAUCAAUUCAGCAGUAGUGUCAAAAUGAUCAGAACUGACAAUCGCACAAAAUUCACUAAUUCAACAUGUGCAGAUUUGUUCAAGGAGUUUGGAAUAAUUCAUCAAACAACAUGUGCCUAUACCCCUCAGCAAAAUGGAGUAGCUGAGAGGAAGCAUAGACACAUCCUAGAAGUUGCCAGAGCUAUGAGAUUCCAAGCUCAUAUUCCUCUCAAGUACUGGGGCCACUGUGUGUUAAAUGCUGCGUAUAUCAUAAAUAGGAUGCCUACUCCAGUUCUAGGUGGAUUAACUCCCUUUGAGAAGCUGUACAACAGAAGUCCUUCAUUAAAGCACAUUAAAGUUCUGGGGUGCUUAUGCUAUGCAAAGAAUGUGCAAGAAAAGGACAAGUUUAUGAGUAGGGCAAUACCAGCAGUGUUAAUGGGCUAUUCUGGAACACAAAAGGGAUACAUUCUUUUACAUCUCACUAACAGUACUUUCUUUGUUAACAGGGAUGUUAUAUUCAGGGAAGAUGUCUUUCCCUUUCAACAUUCUAAAUCAAAGCACCUUCCUAUUUUUGUUCCACAGUCAGAAUCAGACUAUAUUCCUGCUCCUGCACCAGGGACCAUGGCUCCAAUGUUCCAAAUCUCCACUGAUAGUCCUUCCUCUACUGAUGAUAUGCUCAGUGCUGAUGGCAUUGAGGAAACUCAAAGGGAGACUCACCAAGCAGCAAGUUCAGAGGAGACUCAGCAGACUGUAUUACCACAUAUAGUGCAAUCCCAAGAUCAAAGUCUUCAUCCAAACAGUGCAGACAACCAGCUUAAUGGGGUAAGGAGAUCUUCUAGAGAGAAGUGUCCACCUAUAUGGAUGAAAGACUUUGUGUCUCUGAAUGUGCAUUCCUCAGUACCAUACUCUAUAGCAAAUUAUGUGUCAUAUGGUAGACUGUCCUCAAAGUAUCAAUCAUACUUAGCUGCCUUCUCUACCAUAGCUGAACCUACUAAAUUUGCUAAAGCUUGUCAAGAUCCUAGGUGGGUGGAAGCUAUGAAAUCUGAGAUUGAAGCACUGGAAAGCAACCAUACUUGA